AUGGCAAAGCUUGUUGAUCCAGCCAUUAUUGGACCAGACGAGAAAGGGAUCUAUCACCCGAAAACAGAGAGUGAAAUACAAGACCUUGUCAAGUAUGCUUACAAUCAUCAUUACCAGGUCCGUGUGCGAGGAUCAGGCCACUCUACUGCUGCAGCUAUUUACUCUGAAGACCCCAAUGUCACCAAGAUCAACAUCUCCCUAGACCAUUACACAGGGUUUACAUGCGAAGGAGAUUUUGUUACUGCUGACGCAGGGAUUCACCUCGGUCACGAUCCAAAAGACCCUCUGAGUACCCUUGAGAACUCUCUCCUCUAUCAGCUUCAUCAUGAUCAUAGCUUAGCUCUUGAGGAUUUAGGCGGAAUCACCCACCAGACUGUAUCUGGGUUCAUUAGCACCGGCUCUUCUGGUGGCUCAUUUAAUUAUGGAGUUUUGGAGAGUGUCUAUACCCUCAGGAUCAUUGAUGGUAAAGGAGACAUUUACGAAGUGAGCCGUGAUGCAAAGGGUGCCCCUACUUCUGAUGAAUUUAAGGCUGCACUUGUGUCCGUUGGUCUGCUAGGUGUCCUAUCGAAAGUCACAUUUAAAUGUACCCCAUCAUUUAACAUCAAGGGAUGUCAAAAGAGUGAGCUGGUUCAUACAUCAGAGGUCAUUGAUAUAUACAGCGAUGAGCCAGCUAAACGAAAUGGAGAUGAUUCUAGUAAGCUGGGACUGACUCCUUUCCUCACUACAACACCAUACACUCGUAUCAUGUGGUGGCCACAGACUGCGACUGUGGAGCACCCAGCUAAAUUUGAGCUAAAAGAAAGAAUUCAAGUCUGGCAGGCAAAGAGGCACGAUUCUAGUAUCAGCGAUGAUCAGCGCUUCAAGGUUUUUGAUUCCGCAUUGGAGAUGAUGCUGGCCUCUUAUCUCCUGACAUUGAUGGGAAAUCUGAAGGACGACAAAAUAGGAGAGGUGAUAGGCAUAGUUGGGAAGAUGCAGCCUCGGUUUAAGGAGUUACACAAAAAAGAUGUUAAAAGUUUAUUAGAAAAAUGCAUAAAAGAUAUUGACCCUAAGGUUCUAGAAGGCCUGGCAGAAAAAAUAUCCGCAUCAACAUCCAAUAUCUUAAUGGUUUUGUUUCAGCUAGUAAUCUGGAUGACUGAUACAUUUUCCAGUCAAGAGAAGCGGUUGGAGAUGCUACCGGCAUUCUCAGCUACAGUUAUUGCAGCUACCAACAUCCUUGAUGGUGAUACAAACUUUGAGGACACUGGUUUUCAAGGUCUACCAAUGGACAACUCUGUAGACGAUACCAUUUUCCCUUGCUCCUUCAAUGAGAUGUGGGUCCCUAUGAAAUAUGCCACAAAAUCUACUAACUUACUUCGUGAUCACUUUGAUAAAGGUGGCUAUGACUAUACUGGAAACAUGGCUUGGGAGCUUUAUGCUAGCAAGAAAACAGAUGCUUGGAUGAGCAUGUCCUACUCUAAUGGAGAAGAUGAUGAAUGGGAGGGCGGUGCCUUUCGUAUUGAUGCUAUCUGGUUUGAUCACACUGGCCAAGACCCUCAAGAGUUUUAUCUUCCUGUAUGGAAGCUUUUCAGCGAUGAAGGGAUUCCUUUCCGUUUACAUUGGGGAAAGCAUUUUCCUCCAAUCACCAGUGACGCAAAAGCUGAUGAUUUGUCGGGAAAGACUUAUGACUGGCCAAAAAUAUUAGUAAUGGAUCAGUAUCCUAAUCUUAAGAAAUUCCUUCAAAUUCGUAAGGAGAAAGACCCACAUGAUAUUUUCCUGACUAAUUACUGGCGUCAUUGGUUCUGUGUUGGCAGAGAGAGUGAAAUGCCUGAUCCAUGA